UCUUUCCGACGGGCAAUACUGUGUCAAAAAAAAUGGCAGAAAAUUUAACCCGAGAGGAACUUGAAAAAAAAAUUACAGAUAUUGUUAGAAAGCUUAAAUCCUUACCUCAGCAAACCGAUGAAGUAAAAUCGCAUGCUUGAAAAUGAUUGGAACUACAAUAAUUAGAAGACUAUUAUUUCAAAAUACAACUUUACGGUUGAUAACAACUAGCUUAUCAGAGACAAAAGAUGAAAUUGCAAAGCUUCUCGAAUUAAAAAAGCAACUUGGCGAAGACCAAUCCAAACAAAAGUUUGUCCUUAAAAAUCCAAAAGGAACAAGAGACUAUGGACCAAAAUCAAUGGCUAUUCGUGAAAAUGUUUUUGAUGUCAUAAUAAAGGUGUUUCAAAAACAUGGUGCUGUUCAAAUUGACACUCCUGUAUUUGAGUUAAAGGAAACCCUCACUGGCAAAUAUGGUGAAGAUUCAAAGCUUAUAUAUGAUUUAAAAGAUCAGGGGGGUGAAUUACUAGCUCUUCGAUAUGACUUAACAGUUCCUUUUGCUCGUUUUGUUGCUGUGAAUAAAAUAGAUAAAAUAAAAAGAUAUCAUAUAGCAAAAGUUUAUAGAAGAGAUAAUCCCGCUAUGACUAAAGGAAGAUACAGAGAGUUUUAUCAAUGUGAUUUUGAUAUUGCUGGACAAUAUGAUCCAUUGAUUCCAGAUGCUGAGUGUAUAAAAAUAGUUGUUGAAAUUCUACAAAAAUUAAAUUUAGGGAAUUUUUUAGUUAAGGUGAAUCAUCGCAAACUUUUAGAUGGUAUAUUUGCUGUUUGCGGAGUUCCAGAGAAAAUGUUUCGUAAAAUAUGUUCAUCUGUUGACAAGUUAGAUAAAACACCAUGGAAUGAAGUUAAAAAAGAAAUGGUAGAUGAAAAAGGAUUAUCUGAAGAUGUUGCCGAUAAAAUAUAUGAAUAUGUUCAGCUAAAUGGUGGUGUUGAUCUGGUUGAGAAACUGAAAAAUGACGAAAAAUUAUCUAAAAAUAAAUUAGGAAAACAAGGAAUUGAUGAUAUGUCUUUACUGCUUAAUUACUGUAAAGUGUUAAAUGUUUUAGAAAAUGUUUCAUUUGAUAUGAGUCUUGCACGUGGGCUGGAUUAUUAUACCGGAGUUAUCUAUGAAGCUGUCAUAACAUCAUUUCCACCAGAGUUACUUAACAAUGAUCAAGAAACUGCCAUGGGUUCGAUUGCUGGUGGAGGUCGCUAUGAUGAACUUGUUGGUAUGUUUGAUUCUAAAGGAAAAAAGGUUCCAUGUGUUGGUGUUAGUAUUGGUGUUGAAAGGAUAUUUGCUAUAAUGGAAGCUAAAGCCCAGGCAGCUGCUGAUCCUACUCGAACGACUAAAACCAAAGUGCUAGUUGUCAGUGGUCAAAAAAACAUGUUAGAAGAACGUAUGAAACUGCUAGCCGAAUUAUGGAGUCAGGAUAUAGAGGCUGAGAUGUUGUACAAAAGAAACCCUAAACUUCUUAAUCAGUUUCAGUAUUGUGAAGAAAAUAAUAUACCUUUUUGUGCUGUGCUGGGAGACCAGGAACUAUCUAAAGGGUUUGUGACGCUUAAGAACAUGAUUACAAGAGAACAAUAUGAGGUUAAAAGAGAAGAACUAUCAAAUGAGAUUUUAAGGUUUUUUAAAUAAUACCAAUUUAUUUAAAGAAAUAAAGAAAAAAGUCAUA